AUGUCAGAGGCCCCAACCUCAUGGACCACAUCAUCCCAGGACACUAUCUCCACCAGCGGGGAUUCUCCUGAGGUGGAGUGCCCUGUGUGCUACCAAGAGUAUGACCAGGACCUCCGGCUCCCACGCAUGUUGGAAUGCCUCCAUGUCUUCUGCACAGAAUGCCUUCAUAACAUCCAGCUUUCCCCACUCCACCCACCUGAUCAGGACAGUCCUCCCUCCAUCUCAUGUCCCCUUUGCCGCCAUCCCACCCCACUGGAUGGUGGUGAUGCACACUCCCUCCCCUGCAACUCCCGGAUCCUAGCCCAGCUCCCACCUGUAACUUUUCAGCUUCCUCUGUCAGUAUCCACCCGGCUGGCUACAGUGACCCAGAGGGUGAUCCUGUCUCUGGAGUCUCGGGAUACCCGAUUCAUCAUUUUACCCACUGUCAGUCUGCGGGUGGAGCAGAUGGGGGAGAGUUCCAGCUUGCCUGAGCCCAUAGAGGGUAGGGUUGAAGUACUGGGGAGAAACAGAAAGAGCCUGAUGUGUGUGCAGAUGUUGGUUGUGAUCUUCUGGAUGUUUUUUGUCUUGGCCUGUGUGUUGGGUGUGGUUUUUGGUCCAAACUUGUUUCACUAA